CGCUCGCAAGUUACUGUUCCGGUACUCCUAGUUACCAAGCAAAACUUGUAAAUUAAUGUACGAUAGUGCUCUACCUCAUUUUCAUCUCGAAAGAAGAACAUUUCUGAACAACACCUUCAUAAACCGAUGGAGCGAGGCGGAUCCAUUAAAUAAUAUAUGUUGAUGCACGAGGAAAAUAUUUCGGACAUUUUCUUCAAUCAUCCAUACAACUUUAAACUAAAAUAUCUGACGCCGGGGUUUAAUACAUUUCGAAAUGUCAACGGACGUCGGUGGAACAUGUUGCAACUCGCGACAAAACGAUAUUGUUCAGCCAUUGCUCACAGACUUAUAUCAAAUUACUAUGGCUUAUGCCUAUUGGAAGAGUGGGAGAAUUCACGAUCUUCGCCGGAUAUCAAGUACUUGAAGUUGAUUAUGCCUACAGUAGACCAAAGAUUCUUUGAUUAUCUACAAAGUCUCACUGCAAGCAAUGUCACAAUAUACGCCAUAGAUGAAGGAUCGGUCGUAUUUCCAAAAAUUCCUUUGAUGAGAGUGGAAGGAUCAUUAAUAAUGGUACAGCUCUUAGAAACAACUCUGUUAACAUUGGUCAACUAUGCUAGUCUAAUGGCGACCAACGCAGCAAGAUAUCGCAUGAUGGCUGGGAAAAACAUAAUGUUGUUUGAAUUUGGUCUCCGAAGAGCGCAAGGACCUAAUGGAGGAUUGAGUGCAUCUAAAUACAGCUAUGUUGGUGGAUUUGAUGGGACUAGUAAUGUCUUGGCUGGGAAGCUGUUCAAUAUACCUGUACGUGGCACACAUGCACAUUCAUAUAUCACGUCUUUCACCGACAUCAGCGAUCUUCAAGAGAAAACAUUGGCGCAUAAGCAAACGGGUGGCAUUUUAGAUGUAUUGGAACUCGCUUGUAAGUAUCGCGAGGCUGUUGCCGACGAUUUGGGAGUUUCAGCUUCUCAGGCGUCUGAUGGAGAAUUAGCGGCUUUGAUCAGUUAUGCCAUAGCUUUCCCGGAAAGAUUUACUGCUCUUGUGGACACGUAUGAUGUUAAGAAGAGCGGUUUGUUAAACUUCUGUGCAGUAGCGUUAGCUUUGAACAACUUGGGAUAUAAAGCUAUCGGUAUCAGGAUUGACAGCGGUGAUUUAGCAUAUCUUAGUAACGUUGCGAGAGAUAUUUUCGAGAAAAUUGCCAUCAAGUACGACAUACCGUGGUUUGCAAAAUUGAUGAUUUGCGUGUCCAACGAUAUCAACGAACAGACUAUAAUAAGUUUGAACGAGCAGGACCAUAAAAUUGAUUGUUUCGGGAUUGGAACACAUCUUGUAACAUGCCAAAGACAACCGGCUCUGGGAUGCGUUUACAAAAUGGUAGAAAUUAAUAAUAAGCCGAGAAUCAAACUGAGUCAAGAAGUUGAAAAGAUUACAAUACCAGCCAGAAAAAAUGCUUAUAGACUGUACGGGUCGGAUGGCUACGCAUUGAUAGAUCUUUUACAGUUAACAACAGAAGAUCCACCGCAAGUAAUGCAGAAGAUUCUCUGUAGGCAUCCGUUUCAGCAAACAAAAAGAUCUAAUGUUACACCAUCCCGAGUGGAGUCUCUGUACAAGAUAUACUGGAAAGACGGCAAAUUGUGUCAGCCAUUACCUACUUUGGAAGAAAUCCGCAACAAAGUGCAAGAAUCUCUCAAAACAUUGCGUAACGAUUAUAAAAGAAACUUGAAUCCAACACCAUAUAAGGUAGCUGUCAGUGAUACUUUAUAUAGAUUUAUAAACGAAUUAUGGUCUCAGAAUGCGCCGAUUGGAGAAUUACGGUGAAGCAUAUUACUUUUAUACAAGAGUAUCGUUAAACUCUCUAGCAACUAUAAAUACAGAGUAAUAACAGAAUCAAGAAUCACAGAUUUGAGCUGCGUUCGGCAAUGCAAAUCCGAGAUGUCGGAAUGCUCUUAUAGCAUAUGUCACGUGUACUGUAAAAAAAAAGCACUCCGACGCCUCAGAUUUGCAUUACCGAACGCAGCUUUGCUAAGGAAAUGCAUAAGUCUUUUUUUUCAAAAACAAUAUAAGAGUAACAUAUCGUUGUAAUCGAGCAUAUAUGUAUAUAUCAUAAAUGUGAUUGUAUCGUGGAAUGUAAUAACAAAAAAGAAAGA